AUGGGUUCCUGUGGUGUCCCACCACGACUUGUCUCUGCAGAGCUGAAGGAGCAGUUCAGGAGCACUGUCAGCUUUGCCCACCAGGACAAGGUGGAAUACAUCUGUCGUCCAGGUUAUAUAAAAACUGUCAGUGGUGAAAACACCUUGGUUUGUGGGGCAGAUGGGACUUGGUAUGGACGAAAGGACUUCUGCACACCCAAGCAAUGUCCCCACCCUGGGGAACCAGCCAACGGCAGACUCAGCGUGGCACGAGAGUUUCUGUUUGGUUCAUCUGUGAACUUCACCUGUGACACUGGGUACAGACUGUUUGGAAGUUCCCAGAUUACAUGUGUGCUUAAAGAGGAGGCUGUUACAUGGGACAGAGGUGUUCCCAGCUGUGAGCCAAUACCCUGUGCACCCCCUCCAGGGAUAGCCAAUGGGGAGCACAGUGGGAUGAACCAGGAUGUCUAUGUGUAUGGAGACACUGUCACUUACCACUGCCACACUGUCAGGGGAGGGGAAAUACCUCUCUCACUGGUGGGAGAUGCCUCUAUUUUCUGCACGACCACGGAUGGUGUCAAUGGUGUGUGGAGCAGUCCAGCCCCACAGUGUAAAGUGGUGGUCUGUGAGUAUCCAAGAGUGGACCAUGGGAAGCUGCUGACUAGGUCCUCUGACUACACCUACGGAGUCACCGUCCUGUUCAGCUGUAACUUUCGCUUCACCAUGCAAGGCAGUGAGACCUCCAUGUGCAAGGAGGAUGGUUCCUGGGACCCUCCCCCACCAACCUGCCAGCGCAGUAGCUGUGAUGACCCUCCACAUGUGGCUAAUGCUGAUACACCCAACCUUGCUGACAAUCUGUUCCCUGUGGACACUGUGGUCACCUACCAGUGCAGGAAUGGCUACCAGUUCAGCAUGGGAGAAACCAUGAGGAGAAUCAAGUGUCUGCCCAGUUUUACAUGGAGUGAAAUUCCACCAGCAUGUGAAAGAGUUCAUUGCUCCAGUCCACACAUCCCAAACACAAAGCCCUCAAGCAGAAAAGCAAUGGAAUACAAGUAUGGAGACACCCUGGAAGUUACGUGCGACGACGGAUUUGUCUUCAAGGGUCGUGGCAGUAGCAUCACCCUUUGGUGUAGAAGUGAUGGUACAUGGGAUCCAGCAGCACCAGAGUGCAUUGCAGGUGGGCCAGAGCUGAUGGAGCUCAUUGACUUGGCAGCUAAAGCAUCAUCCCUGGAGUUCUUUGUGGAAAUACAUGACAUCCUUUGUUUUCUGUUGUUUUCAGAACCUCAUUGCCCAAAGCCAAAUAUUCCUCAUGGAAUAGAGAUAAAAAAAAGCAAAAAUGACUACACAGCUGGGACCCAGGUGGACUUGGAUUGUGAUGAGGGUUAUGUCCUCAGGGGCUCAAGGUCCAUCACGUGCCUGGCUGAUAACACCUGGGAUCAUGUGCUACCCUUCUGUGACAGAGCCUGUGGCCCUGCUCCAGGAAUCUCCAACGGGCAGCACUCUGGCUUGGGUGUGAAGAAUUUCCCCUAUGGUGCAAAUGUGACAUACACCUGUCUGGAGGGUCUGUCCCUCAUUGGGAACAAAUCCAUUUACUGCACCUCGGAAGAUGGGGAGAACCUGACGUGGAGUGGACCUGCCCCAGAGUGCAAAGUGGUUUGGUGCCCCAAGCCCACAGUGCAGAAGGGAAGGAUGACUCCAGAGAGGUUCACCUUUCCUUAUGGAGUGGUCAUGGAGUUCUCCUGUGAUGAAGGCUUCAAGCUGCAUGGCAGUGCCAGGAGCCAGUGCCUGGCUGAUGGCACCUGGCACCCCCCUGUGCCUACCUGCCAGCCAGUUUGUUGUUCCAGACCUUCCUGGGUGGUGGACAUAAAUGCCUAUAAGGAAGGGUAUGGGGUGAAUGACAAGGCAACCUUCAGAUGUGUCUCGAACUCAAAACGUAUAGUAACCACCUGCUCAGCUAAUGGCACCUGGAUACCACCACUCACCUGUGAAAAGAAAGAAGCAUGUGAGACAAUCCUUAGAUAUAAAGCAGUUUUUGAGUGUGGAAUUCCUCUGACAGAACUGAAAACACUGCUGGAAGUCCAGAAACUCUACCUGGAGAUCCAGAAACUUGAAAAGGAGCUAAGAGGCAUUGGACGUGGCUGA